GAUCUAGUUGGCAAAAUAUUGUGGCAUGCACGCCAUGUGAACAUUUUCACCUAAUUUGGGACACUCAAAACCCACAAGUCCUUCCAAAAGCCCUGCUCGAUGCCACCCCUAGAGCUUUGUGCACUAGAAGAGGCAAUCAAUUCCUUACCCAAGUGGUAUGCACUUCGUACGGUAAAAAUACCAUUCUUCAGUGCCUUCCAGAAUUGCAUAUCCUUAGGGAGACAGGGACUCAGCGAUUAAACAUGGAAAUAAAGGGUGGCUUGAGUGCAGCUGUUCUUCAAGUUCUUGACAAAGAUAAUUACGUGGCUUGGAGUGCUCAAGUAAAAACCUAUUUGAUGGCUCAUGAUCUUUGGGAUACAGUUGAAGCAACCACUGAACCUCCUAAGCAAGAAGAUGAUGAAACGGUUUUCAAGGCUUGGAGUGAGAAGAAUUCCACGGCUUUACAUGUGCUCAAGGUUUCAUGUGGACAGUACGCAUUGGCUAUGAUUAUGGAGAUUAAUUCUGCUAAAAUUGCAUGGAAUACUUUGGCAGUUGUUCUUCAAGUUCUUGAGAAAGAUAAUUAUGUGGCUUGGACUGUUCGGGUUAAAACCUAUUUGAUGGCCCACGAUCUUUGGGACGUAAUUGAAGCAACCACGGAACCUCCAAGUCUUGAAGAUGAUGAGGCUGCUUUUAAGGCUUGGAGUAUGAAGAAUUCCACAGCCUUACAUGUAAUCCAAAUUUCAUGCGGACCGAACACAAUUUCUAAGAUUAUUCACAUUAGUUCUGCAAAAACCGCUUGGGAUUCAUUGGCAAAAAAGUUUCUUCGAGUUCUUGAGGAAGAUAAUUAUGCAGAUUGGAGUGUUCAAAUAAAAAAAUAUUUGAUGGCCCAUGAUCUUUGGGAGAUAAUUGAAGCAACCACCGAACCUCCAAGGCAAGAGGAUGAUGAAGCUGCUUUCAAGGAUUGGAAGAAUAAGAAUUUCAUGGCCUUACAUGUAAUCCAAAUUUCAUGUGGAUUGGACACAGGUUUUGAAGAGAUUAUUCAGAUUACUUCGGCAAAAACUGCUUGGGAUAUGUUGGAAGAAAUGUAUGACAUUUAUACAGAUACUAACUCAGGCAGCGGUGAAAAUGGGAACGUUGACUAUGUUCAGUAUGAGGCCUUAAGAGAGGCUCUGAAAACUGGUGAUUGGAAUGCUGCAGAGGAGUUCCUUAAGGGUCAACCGGGUGCAAAAAUCACGUUUUCAGGCGAGACAGCUCUUCACCUUGCUGUUAAAGCGGGGCAUGAGCGUAUAGUGGAGAUGUUAGUGGAUAUAAUGUCGGAGGAAGACUUGGCCAUACAAAAUAAGUAUGGCAACACAGCUCUGGUUUAUGCAAUUACUGCGGGAAACUGCAAUAUGACUGCAUGCCUGCUUGGAAAGAACAACAAGUUGGUCAGCACUGAAGAUUCGAAUUCAGAUAUUCCAGCUAAUAAGGCUAGUUUCAAUGGGCACACAGAGUUGGCUCGAUAUCUCUAUUCUCUCACUCCACUGGAAGAUCUAACGGAAGAAAAAGCCGUCAACGGCGCUACACUUUGUACUUGGGCUAUACACAACCGAAGUUUAGAUAUUGCUUUGGAUUUAAUUCGAAAGCGUCCACAAUUGGCUCUUACUCGAGACAUAACGGGUCAGUCCCCUUUGUACGCUUUGGCCAAUACGCCAAAUGCAUUCCCGAGUGCAGAUGGGCUCGUGUUUUGGAAACGAUGGAUCUACAAAUACUGUAUACACAAUCAACCUGCUCGUGCCACCAAGGAAUUUCGUGUAAACAUUCAAGACGUAGAAAAAAGUCGAAGCGAUCAAAUAAAAAUCAUCGGAUCAGUGCUAGCUCUAUUGCGCCAGCUAGUUUCGAAUCUCCUUAACUUCUUGGGAAUCAAGGAUUUAUAUGGAUCAAAAUUAGUCCAUUUCAUGUCCCAUGAACUUCUGGUUCACAUGUGCAAACAAGUAUCUAUUUCGAAAGAGGAGGAAAGGAGGAAAGGUCAAGUUUAUGGUGCCAUCUUCCGUUCUAUUGAGAAAGGAAAUUUUGAUUUUAUUUUUGGUAUGGUCAAAGCAAAUCCAGAGCUUAUGUGGACCCGUCGUGGUGUAGACAACAGAUCCAUAUUUUUAUUUGCUGUCCUACAUCGUCAAGCAAAAAUCUUUAGCCUUAUAUACCAGGUUGCUGCCAAGAAAGCUAUGACAACUUGGGUUGAUAACAAUGGCGAUACCAUGUUACAUAUGGCAGGAAUGACAGGAGCAUCGACUCAAAUUAAUCGAAUCCCAGGGGCGGCUUUGCAGAUGCAAAGAGAACUACAAUGGUUUAAGGAGGUAGAAAGUAUUGUCGUUCCCAGGUCUAGGGAAUAUUUGAACGAUGAUGGUUUGACUCCUAGGGAAUUGUUUACGAAGAACCACAUAGACUUGAAGAAAGAAGGAGAAAAAUGGAUGAAGGGCACAUCAACUUCUUGUACAGUUGUAGGGGCUCUCAUUGUUACUAUUACGUUUGCUGCAGCCUUUACUGUUCCAGGUGGUAACAAUCAAGAUACUGGCUUCCCUAUAUUUUUAGAUGAAAGAUUGUUCAUGCUCUUUAUAAUAUCCGAUGCCUUAUCGCUCUUUUCCUCCACAACUUCAGUCUUAAUGUUUUUGGGAAUCCUAACAUCACGCUAUGCAGAAGACGAUUUCCUUGAAUCCUUGCCAAGAAAGAUGAUCAAAGGACUUUCCACUCUUUUCUUUUCCAUUGCAGCCAUGAUGGUAGCCUUUUCUACUGCUCUUUCAAUUAUGCUACAGGAACAAUAUUCAUGGAUAAUCAUUCCUCUCAUUUGUUUGGCUAGUGUACCUGUCACCAUAUUCGUAUUGAUGCAAUUUUCCCUUCUUGUUGACAUGUUCAUGUCAACUUACAGACCAGGCAUCUUUGAUAAGAACAUGGAGAAGUGGGUAUAACUUUAUUUUGUUUUUUUUGUAUAAUAUAAAUGUAAAUGUUUUCCACUAAGAAUUGGCAUACUAGCCAAAACUAAUGGUUUUUUUUUCUUGGGCGGAUGACAGAUAAAUCUUCAGUUGGUUUAUUUUGCCUAUUUUGUGAUUCAUCCGGCUAGUUUUAGACCAAUUAUCAUUAUAUCUUUGUAUUAUUUAUUUUUCUAUUUUAUAAUGUUCCAAAUA